UGUGAUAAUGAUAAUUGAUAUAUAUUGCUUUUGAACUCUUAUCGUAGUAUUAUUAGUAGAUAUGAGGACUGCUUCAUGUGAAGUUGGUCUAGUACGUGUGUAUGCCAUUGUCAUUGUGGUAUUACUCUGGGGCAGUCUUGGAGUUAGUGGGUGUACAAAUAAUUACGGUAUGGAUGUGUUUAGGUGCCGUGGUUUUCAUGAUAUUCGAGACAACUGUUCCGAAACUUCUCCUACUGAUCUGUCGGAACAACGACCUUGUCGAAGAGUUUGCCAUCCUGAGGAAUGCCUUCUGUCCACCCCAUGGCAGCGGGAGGUCUUGACAAACGAAACAAGCAGAACUGCAGUCAUUGACUACAAGAUUGAGUGCAUCACUAGGAUCGCUAAAACGAGUAAACGCAAGGGAUGUUAUGACAAGGAAAAGUUCUACAACGUUACCAGGGAUUUCCUAGACCAGUUCGUGUACCCGUACGGAAUAGAGACCCUUCCUGCUGAGUUUCAUAACCCUGUUUUUGAGAUCCUUUCUUCCGGCUCCGCCGUGAUCUUCCCAACUCUUCUCUAUCAUAAAGAAUUCAGUAUAUGUAUCAAGUUUGCACUGUCUCAAGAGUUGAACACUAGCUUCGCUACUGGUCUCUUCUCUUUCGCUACUUCACAGCAGGAGCUAUUCCGGGUUAGCCUUUUCAAGGGAGGUAGAAUCCAUGUGCAGUCAGUCAAUAUUGGUGGAGCGGUUUUUGUUUCUCCUUCUCCCUUCGCAGCCGGCCAAGUGACGACACUCUGUGUCAGCUUCAGAGUUCAGCCUAGGAUCGAAACUACUGUUUGGAUAAGAAAUGAGGGAGGAUUAUUGACCAGACUGCAGCCUGCUUACGUUAGGAGGUUUACUGCUGUUGCAGAUCGGAAUCUAAAUACGUUGCUUGGAAUUGUGAGCGUUGGAGAGUCCCCAAAGAUGCUCCCGAAAGGCUACCCCUCGUUUGUAGGCGAACUUCAUUCAAUCAGAAUACUAGACAGAUUCCUAGACAUAAAGAAACAAGUGCUUCCUUUCAUAAGAUGUGUAGACAACCCUCUUGACACCCUGAAGAGUCUGGUUGCUGGUGCUAUUGGCAUGGCAACGUGGGAGAACGAGCCUGUUAACAAAACAGUGUGGAGCCAUGGUACCGAGCUUAUAGGAGAUGUAAGGGUGAGGAAUGGGACAGAGGAGGACAGGUUCUGUGGGGAUCAGUGCGCCAGCUGUAAAUUACGCUGUAUGCAAGCGGACACGAACUGUUCCUUCAUAAAAUCUUGUGCGAGCUGCGAGCAGCUAUCUUGUCCUGACUCCACUCACUAUCAGAGAACCUACAAAGAUGUUUGUUUGGUGGACCCUGUUCUGAACCCUUGUAACUCGUCUGCCAUUAGCUUCUGUUUUGAGAGAAAAACCAACACAUGCCAGGACUUGGACAGCAGUAUUCUAUGUCUGAAAAAGAUCGAUCUGGACGGUUGUUCCCAAGAAAUGUGGAGAGGAGUACCUUACGAGAAUGAUAUUUACAAGAUAUACAAGCAGUGCGUGGACAGCUCUAACAGCAGUUACAUAUUCCGUAAGAUCGGAGAGUUGAUCCAACUGACCUCCUACCGGUGGGAUAUGAGUGAGUGCGGGCAGGCUUGUGUCAUGACAAGUGGUCUUUGGGACCUUUCCGUCACCCAGUACGACUCUUGGUACAGAAAGUUGAGGAUGAGCGAUAACGGAGAACUGUGCACAUCUGUUGCUGACUAUUUAAAUUGUAUCGAGCUAGACGAAUGUGCUGAGAAGAAUCUCCCUGACGAUCACUACACUUCCCCCAGUUCUUACGCUUACUGGCUCUACCCUACUGUGGAGAGAAUGUUCCUGAUUCAGGACGGCGGUUGUCAGCUGGCUCCGGAGUGCACAAACUUACUAAAUACUUCUCUUGGUCAGACAACUUUAGCAAAUGUGAAACUGGAGAUCUCAAAAUACCCACUCCCAAAGAAAAGAUCUGACUUAGAACGUGCAAACCGGCAACGCCAGAUCAAGCUACCAACUCGUCAGGAGAUGUCCAAGUGUAGGAAACUUAACAAAAGCCGUGGCAGCAACUCAACUCUCUCUAGCCAACAGAACCAGGACACCACAAAGAAACAAGGAAGAAACAGAAGAUGGCUCCCUAAACGUUCAGUUAAAGAGAUAACAACAAGAUACAACACAACAAGAUUGGACAAUGUGCCUGCUAGCCACAGUGUUUUCUUGAGUGGUAUGAGUCCAAGAAAGCUGCAGAAACUUCAGAGUCGAAGUGCCUCUAUAAAUCGUGAUGCGUUAACGGGAGAUGAUGAACCCGCUGAAGAUUCGGAGGAGGAUGAGACAGAUACAACGCAGGAAGUUACAGAGAUGGCUAGGGAACAAGAAGGAAUACAUGAAGAGGUACUCAAGAUAUUGGCUGACGAAUCGCCUAAUAACGAGAACUACACCAGACAACCUGAAUCAACGACGGGCAAUAACAGUACCAUCCCUACCAAUUCCAGUACCAUCACUGAAUCUCAGAAAAGCUCUAAAACAGCUACCCCCCAGUCCCCCCUCCAAGCUACUAGGGCUACUAGACAUGUAUCGUCUCCGACGACACCUCAUUCAAACAGCUCCGAUAACUCUCUCGGAACUCAUCAUACGACAACAGGCCCUGAAAACAGUUCUGCCCAGUCAAGACCAAGUAUAAUUACAGUGGUAUUGAUUAUGGUGGCUGUCGCCUUCUCUAUUGUCUAGAUUUCUAAUCAAUGUGGACGUCUCCUAGCCCGAACAUUAGAACCUUCCGUGAGUUUGGCAUAACAAUUCGGUCUGGAUAAUACAUAAUAGUUACAUCUUUUAAAGGAUUUCCUUGAUCGAAUUUAUUUUCACCCCUUUAUUUUGAAAAUCAGGUUUUACUGAUAUUCAUAUUGAGAUGUUUUUUGUUUUUACACUCCUGAUAUGAGAGUGAGACUAUUCGUAUUCUUUUAUUGAUUUGUUUGAAUAUUAAAUAUCAGAAUUUUAGGCAUUCAUCGAAUUUCAUUUGUUUUCAUAUUUUUAGAUGUAUGUACUAUGUAAUGACGGUCGAUUGAAUUGGAACAUUUUAUUAUAUUGCGAAUUUUAUCGUUCUGAACGAUUAUUUAUUGUUUUUUAAUGCUAUUUAUUGUUUAAAUCUGGAUUUGAAAUUUAACAAAAAUUUUAUCCAACCUGUUGUUUGUUUGGAUGAUAAAUGAUACGAGCCAGAUUAUUUAAAGAAUUAAUCACAUGUUUAGUGUUUACGCUUUCAUUAUAUUAUACCGAGUAAUGAGUAUAUUUUAAUUUUACAGUGUAAACAUUUAAAAAUUAAUCAUAAA